AUGAAAAGAAUUAUAAAAUCUCAGAUCUGGAACACCAAUGCACAUCCUGUUGAUAUCAGUCCUAGCUUAUGUGCAGAUAUGUACCGUAGCCACUGCUUGGAAACACCCUUUUCUUUUUCAACCCAAGGGCUUUAUCUCAGGCACACAGGCCACUUCACAAGGUUAAUUAUCUUAAAAGAAAAGGGAAAUCGGCAUCUGACUGAUUCAGAACAAUAUAUUGUACAGAACAUCUCCGGUCCGUUCUUGUCUCGCCGUCUGAAGAAAAGAGGGCAAUGGACCAUGGGAUUCGCAAAGGAGCCAAAUUGCUUCAAAAGAGCUGUUUUAACACUAAAAGAUGGCUGUGAAUCACUUUCAGUUUCAGAAAAUGGCAAGAUAAAAUAUGCCUUGAUGCUCACAAUAUGCGAACUUUCUACAGCAAAUGUUCCUAUACCUCCCGAAUGUAAUUCUAUUGACGAUGGUACAGACGCCCGUGCACAUCAAUGUGUCAUGAAAUUAGCUAGCACCCCACAGACCUGGACAUCCUACAGUGACCUAGUAGUCUCCAUGUGUUUUGCCAUUCGCUAUCCUAUCGAAAGAGAUAUAUUGGAAAAACUACGAAAGGAAAUUGCUGACAAUCAGCUCCAAAACUACGAUUUAUUACGAGACCAGAGAGCACAACUGGUCAACUGGCGUCAAGAAGAAAUGGAAAACUUUGGAAUUAUACGCAAAUCCCAACAAUAUUUACGAGAACAGCUGGAACAAAUAGAAGGUGUUCGGCAAAGAGCAUCUAAAGGUGUCCAGAAUCUUUCCGAUUCAAUUGUACUUCUCCAACAUGACGCUGAAUAUGCAUUGAGGACCCAAGAAGAGUUGGUUAAUGUGUUUGCAAACACAAGCCAGAGACGACUAGAGAAAAUUAUAUUUGGCAUGGGAACUAUGCUUGAAUCGACUUUGCCUAUUAAGAGAGUGAUCCAAUGGGAGAUAUCGCAUGACUGGCAUAAUUCUGUAUCCCACAUAAACAACAGUCUCUUACAGAUGCUAAAUGAUACUGGAACGCAGGUACAUUCUUUGCAGCAAGAUAUAGGAACCGUACACAGUAAAAUUCUGGUGAUUAUUGAGCCAAUGCGUCAAUUAGCCCAAUUCAUGGCAGAGUGGGCAGCUCAUAAAAGUACUGUAAUGGAAUUGCUUUCAAUUGUGUGGAUAAUUGUGGGCUACUUCAUGUCUUGCUCUAAAUGGAGAUUAUUGGAAUACUUCUUGAUAACUCUGAUAGCUGGAUACCUUGAGCGUGAGACAUUCACUUAUGUUUUUUAUUUUGGUAACAUGAGAUAA